AUGGCGGCUGUGGCGGCGGCAGCCGAGGCGGAGGUGGCGGCGGGGUUGGAGCUACGCGACGUGUUGGAAACCUUAUCUGUGCUGCAAAAUCUGGUCUUGCGGUCAAGCAUUCCCAGUCUGGUGGACGUGGACGAGUUGCGAGAGUUGACUUGUGAGGUGGAUGCGUCGGCCAACUGUACCAUCUGUCUCGAGGCUCACAGUGAUACCAACCUGCCGUUGGUCCUCGCCUGUGGGCACUGGUUUCAUUUGGUCUGCUUUGCCGACUACGAGAACACGGUGUGCCCCAUCUGCCGCAAAGAUUUUGCAAGCGAGCUGCAGACCUGUGGGCAGUGCGACUUGCGCUCGCAUCUUUGGAUGUGCUUGACCUGUGGCAGGCACUUUCACAAGACGGGUCACGGGCGGGCUCGGAACAUUGACACGGGGCAAGUCUGGAAUUACGCUUCGGAUGAUUAUGAAGCCGAAGCUGGCGCGUACAUGAAAGAAACAUCGCUACUUCUCGAGCAAUUGGCCACGGAGGAGCGACAUAGCUUGAUGCAAAAGGAGUACCGGGCUCGCUCGACUGAGGUGCUUCAACUGACUGAGGCCUGCGGGCAACUAGCUGUGGACAUUGAGCAGACGGAGGGGCAAUUGGCACGAGCACAGGCACAGCUGGAGGAGGAGGAAUCCUACGUCGAACUGCUUCUCUCGCGCCCACUGGCCACGGCGGCAACCUCGGACACUUGCGCAUCUGUUGCUUCACCGUCUCCCAGUCCCGACAAGAAGACCAUCAAACUCCUGGUCGUACCACAUAACAGGGAUCAGUAG